AUGCUAUCAUCAAUGUCAGUGGUCUGGGGAGUUCUUGCGCUCUGCCAGUGUGCCGCCAAAGAUUUUGGCUCCCUUCUCUCGAUUCGAAUAAUAUUGGGUGUAUUUGAAGCCGGAUUCUUUGCCGGUGCCACCUUUUACAUGACACUAUUCUACACCCGAGGGGAAAUAGGAUUCCGACUGGCCAUUAUGCAAUCAUUUGCAGUGCUAGCCUCUGCCUUCAGUGGACUUAUCUCAUUUGGCGUGUUUCAAAUUAAUGACUCCGCUGUGAAGGGGUGGCAGUGGUUGUUUAUAAUUGAGGGCAGCCUGACGUUGCUUUCGGGUGUUCUGGGCUUCUUCUUGCUACCGGAUACACCACAGAAAGCCUGGUUUCUGGACCACAGGGAGAGAGCAGCAGCCACUGCUAGAAUGCUUCGUGAUUCAUCCUCGGAAGUCUCGACAACGUUCGACUGGAAAGCCUGUCGUCAGACGUGGAAUAAUUGGCAAUUCCCCGUGUGGUGUGUUAUUGCUUUUACAUACCCCGUUGCUUAUGCGACUGCGAUGAACUUUUUUCCUUUGAUCGUUGAGCGUCUGGGCUUCUCCACCGUUAAAACCAACUUGUGGACAGUAGCACCAAACCUUGUCGGAGCAGUGGUGUUACUCUGCGUUGCAAAAUCAUCCGAUUUCUUUCGCGAAAGAGCAUUUCAUAUUGUGUUCUCCCUGACUAUCUCUCUGGUCGGAAUGGUAAUCCUAGCCGCCAUUGACGUUCUCCACAAUAAGGGCGUUGCCUAUUUUGCCUGCUUUUUGAUGGCCGCAGGGUCUUAUAUCCCAUCAUGUCUUGUGCAUUCUUGGCAUAAUAACAAUAGUCUCAACGAGAACUCACGAGCAGCUACAACAGGGCUUCUGGUUGGCUUGGGCAACCUGGCGGGGGUGUUGAGUGCAGCCACGUUUCGGACUCAAUAUGCACCUAAGUAA